UUCAGAGAAGAUGAUGGGCAUUGAAGAAACUUUAUAUGGAGUUUACUUUCUGUGUGGCAGAAGUAAGCCACUGGGCAAGAAAAUGCCCUUACCUCGACUGCUUACAGUAUCCUGUCCUAAUUGGACAAGCAGGACACACAAGAAAGGACUGCCAAACUUUGCCAAGACAAGAAUAAAGGUUCUCUUCAGUUUGAAGACAAGUGGGAUUUCAUGCGUCCAAUUGUUUUGAAGCUUUUACGCCAGGAAUCUGUAACAAAACAGCAGUGGUUUGAUCUGUUUUCGGAUGUACAUGCAGUCUGUCUCUGGGAUGAUAAAGGCUCAUCAAAAAUUCAUCAGGCUUUAAAAGAAGAUAUUCUUGAGUUUAUUAAGCAAGCACAAGCGCGUGUCCUGAGUCAUCAAGAUGAUACUGCUUUGCUAAAGGCGUAUAUUGUUGAAUGGAGAAAAUUUUUUACCCAGUGUGAUAUUUUACCAAAACCUUUUUGUCAACUAGAGGUUACUUUAUUGGGUAAACAAAGCAGCAAUAAAAAGUCAAAUAUGGAAGAUAGUAUUGUUAGAAAGCUCAUGCUUGAUACGUGGAAUGAAUCAAUUUUUUCAAAUAUAAAAAACAGACUCCAGGAUAGUGCAAUGAAGCUGGUGCAUGCUGAGAGAUUAGGAGAAGCUUUUGAUUCCCAGCUGGUCAUAGGAGUGCGAGAAUCCUACGUUAACCUUUGUUCUAAUCCUGAGGACAAGCUUCAGAUCUAUAGGGAUAAUUUUGAGAAGGCAUACUUGGACUCAACAGAGCGAUUUUAUAGAACACAGGCACCCUCGUAUUUACAGCAAAAUGGUGUGCAGAAUUACAUGAAAUAUGCAGAUGCUAAAUUAAAAGAAGAAGAAAAAAGAGCACUCCGUUACUUAGAAACAAGACGAGAAUGUAACUCUGUUGAAGCACUCAUGGAAUGCUGUGUAAAUGCUCUGGUGACCUCAUUUAAAGAGACUAUUUUAGCAGAAUGCCAGGGCAUGAUCAAACGAAAUGAAACUGAAAAGUUACAUUUGAUGUUUUCAUUAAUGGACAAAGUUCCUAAUGGAAUAGACCCAAUGUUGAAGGAUUUGGAGGAGCACAUCAUUAGUGCUGGCCUAGCAGACAUGGUGGCAGCUGCCGAAACCAUCACUACUGACUCUGAGAAGUACGUGGAGCAGUUGCUUACUCUUUUUAAUAGAUUCAGCAAACUUGUCAAAGAAGCUUUUCAAGAUGAUCCUCGUUUCCUUACUGCAAGAGAUAAGGCAUAUAAAGCAGUUGUUAAUGAUGCUACCAUAUUUAAACUUGAAUUACCUUUGAAGCAGAAAGGAGUGGGGUUGAAAACUCAGCCAGAAUCGAAGUGUCCUGAGUUGCUUGCCAAUUACUGUGACAUGUUGUUAAGGAAAACACCAUUAAGCAAAAAACUAACCUCUGAGGAGAUUGAAGCAAAACUUAAAGAAGUGCUCUUGGUACUUAAAUAUGUACAAAAUAAGGAUGUCUUUAUGAGGUAUCAUAAAGCUCAUCUUACCCGACGUCUCAUACUGGACAUCUCUGCUGAUAGUGAGAUUGAAGAAAACAUGGUGGAGUGGCUAAGAGAAGUUGGUAUGCCAGCAGAUUAUGUGAACAAGCUCGCCAGAAUGUUUCAGGACAUAAAAGUAUCUGAAGACUUGAAUCAAGCUUUUAAGGAAAUGCACAAAAAUAAUAAGUUGGCAUUACCAGCUGAUUCAGUUAAUAUAAAGAUUCUGAAUGCUGGUGCCUGGUCUAGAAGCUCUGAGAAAGUCUUUGUCUCACUUCCUACUGAACUGGAGGAUUUGAUACCUGAGGUAGAAGAAUUUUACAAAAAAAAUCAUAGUGGUAGAAAAUUACAUUGGCAUCAUCUCAUGUCAAAUGGAAUUAUAACAUUUAAGAAUGAAGUAGGUCAGUAUGAUUUGGAAGUAACCACAUUUCAGUUGGCUGUGUUGUUUGCAUGGAACCAAAGGCCCAGAGAGAAAAUAAGCUUUGAAAAUUUAAAGCUUGCAACGGAACUCCCUGAUGCUGAACUCAGAAGGACUUUAUGGUCCUUAGUAGCUUUUCCCAAGCUCAAACGGCAAGUUUUGUUGUACGAACCUCAAGUCAACUCCCCCAAAGACUUCACAGAGGGGACCCUCUUCUCCGUGAACCAGGAGUUCAGCCUAAUAAAAAAUGCAAAAGUUCAGAAAAGGGGAAAAAUAAAUUUGAUUGGACGCUUGCAGCUCACUACAGAAAGAAUGAGAGAAGAAGAAAAUGAAGGGAUAGUUCAACUAAGAAUAUUAAGAACCCAGGAAGCCAUCAUACAAAUAAUGAAAAUGAGAAAGAAAAUUAGCAAUGCUCAGCUGCAGACUGAAUUAGUAGAAAUUUUGAAAAACAUGUUCUUACCCCAGAAGAAGAUGAUCAAAGAGCAGAUCGAGUGGCUGAUAGAGCACAAGUACAUCAGGCGGGACGAGGCCGACAUCAACACCUUCAUAUACAUGGCGUAGCCGAGCGCUGCGCCUCUGUCCGCGCAGAUCCUGGAGCACUGCACAGAAGGCUGUCCCAGUUUGAGCUGGAGGAAGGUUUAUUUGGACUUUGAUUACAUAAAUAUUAAACUCUCUGCCUUACCUUACAAACGACUGUAUUUUGCCAGUCACAUUAGUUAGCAUGACGGCAUUCAUUCCCUUCAUGUUGCACACUCUUUAACAGCAUGCUGUUUCGUGGAGAAGAUUGCAUUCAUGGAGAGCCCAUUAUGAACUUCAAAGUCAGUUCAGUUUUACCAACCAGGAGAAGUUUUGGAAGGGUGAAGGUGGGGUUCUUGUUGCUUCUUUUACCCCCUUUUUCCUUUUCAAAGGAAUAGACUUGCACAAGGAAGGAUAGCAGAUAUUGCACUGAAAAAGGCUUUUAAUCUUUUUUUUUAAUGCAAUUAAAGCCAGAGGUAGCACUCUUAGCUUCUUUUGAUGAAAAGAGUGAAGUUGUCAACACCAUGUUGGGAGGAAAGGGCAGGUGUACUUGAGAAGAUGAAGAUGUAAUAUUAUCAAGUUGUUUGUUAAACACUGCUUGCAGUUUGAUAACUGGAUUUAAAUGGUGACCCGAAAAUGGUAUUAAAUAUUUCUAUCUUACAAAUCCUGAUUGUCAUUAAGCAGGAGAUUGCUGUUUUAGUUGUUUGUUGUUAAAUGAUAAGGAUUUGGGGUUUUCUUUCUAAGUCUUGUAUGGUUGGAGA